GUCUCCUCGCCACACUGAAAUUCCCUCUUUCGAGGAAUCAUCGAUUUGCUCAAAACGCCAAAAUAUGGCCCAAGUGAGGAAGCUGUUGAAUAGCAUAGGGCAAGAACUCACAAAAGAGAACAUCACUGCAUUGAAGCAUGAGUGUGCUGAUGUUAUUCCGGCAGGUAGAGCUGAAGAAAUCUCUACACCCUUUCAGCUUUACGAGGAGUUGAUCCGAAUGGACAAGUUAGGUGAUGACAAUCUCGAAUAUCUUGGAGAGCGGCUGAGAAGUAUUGGGAGACAGGAUUUAAAGGAUAAAUUACUUGAAACGUCAGUAAGUACGACUGUGCAAAGAAACCUUGUCACUCAAGAGAUAAUCACCUCUAUAGCGGAGGAAAUAAGCAUUGACUGGAAAGAUGUUGGAAGAAGGUUAAAAUUAAAGGAAAGUAUACUUGACAAUAUAGAGGACGAGAACCGUAAGACAAAGGAGAAAUCUACCCAAAUGCUUAAUAAAUGGAAACAGCUAAAUGCAGCAUCUGCUACUAUUCAAGUAUUGAUGGUUGCAUUGAAGCAAGCAGGAAGGAGAGAUAUAGCAGAGACAUUGGAAGAAAUGACUCAAGUGCAUGCCUCAGAGCAAGAUGAUGUCCGUACAGCCACCACAGCAUUGGAGAAAUUGGAGCUAUCAGCAGAUGGUUUCAGUGACAGGGGAAAGCCUUUAACCACUCCUGAAAAGUGAAUAUUUCUCUUCGAUACAAUUCAAGUACAAGUGCUGGCUAUUUUCCACCGACCUCUGGAUACUUAGUCGACUUAAGUUUUAUUUGAACUAAAAAGAUAAAAUAACUUCCACCUAAGUAGGGACUUAGCAAUCUCCACUUGAAGGCCCUGCAAUGCAACAGGGCAGUAGUAAGGGUUGGCACUGGGAGCAUCUGCCCCCCAAGGGGCGGAUCCAGAAGUUCCAGAAAGAGGGGCUGAAGCAAGCCCUGAUUCAUUGCUUUUCUGUGAAUUUCCUUACAUUUCUUGUUCUUUUUGAAAUACUUGUAAAAAGGAGUUCAAUGUCCGCUCGGCCCACCCCUAGAUCCGCCUCAGCCUUGAAUAGUUUGAAAUGCCUUAUAAUUUUAGUCUACUGAGCAGCAUUGUAGUGAAGUGUAUUGUGUUUAUUAGUGUAUUUUAGUAUCUAAGCACUACAUAUAUAUUCUUAGGCAGGUAGUACUGAUUUUUAUUCAAUUCUAGUUUUUCUGAAAGAACAUAUAAUAUGCUGUAAAUUUCAAUAAUUCUUUAGGUCCAGAGUAUUAAAUUAAAAAUAAUAUUUAUA